AUGUCAAAUAACAGAUCUGAACAUCCCAAUCUUGGCCAUUUACCCCAACCAGCCGUCAAAUUUCCCCGUUCGGGUUCUCCAACUGCCAAUACAUCCCCCACAGAAGCUACAAUUGGAGCCACUCCCUUGAGAUCACCAUUUGGUCUUCCGUCGUUAAACUUAGCAGGCAAAAUGGCCAGUAACACGCGGUCCGGAGCUGGCUCUCCAUCGCAUGAGCUCGGCAGCAGCGGGGCAAGUGCCAGCAGAUUGUAUUCAAAGAGAGCACGAGAGAUUCAAGCAUCAGAAGGCCUGCUUACUGCCCAACUAUGGGGACCUCCAACAAGUGGCAAUUCUACCCCUCUUCGGGAAAACAUACCAGAGUCUCCCACAGAUGGCUUUCCAGAUCAUACUCAGAUGCCAUCGUCAGAAACCACGCCAGCACGACGAGCUCGUGCUGGCACAGUUCCAUCUCGAUUUUCGCCUGGAGGAGCCCUGAACCCAGUUCCGAAUUUAACUGGGUUAGGAGCGAAAACAUCAAGACCUACACCAUCUCAGAGUCCAUUCCAAAUUCCCUCACCGCAUCAUGAAAUAAGCGAUCUAUCCAGUAGCACGGGAUUGUUAUCUCGAUUACGUUCGGGUUCGACACCUCAAAGGCCUCAAUAUAGUAGUGGGCCAUUUGGUCCAUCGGUCUUCUCUUCAGGCUGGGGCUUGACCUCGGGUCGUGAUCGAACCUCGACUUUGCAUAGUAUUGCUAGCCAGUCCUCUAACGGCCCUAAUUCACCCGCACAAUCUUCGUUUUCAAGGGAAGGAACCAACGAUAACGAAAUCAGGACUCUUGAUUAUCUAGGCCUUGCGGAAACGCCACAACCUCCUCGAGCGCACUUGGUCAAUCCAAUGUUGGCCAAUGUCCUUGACAUGGGCAAGCAUUCGAAUCGUUUCCGCUCUUACUCUGUCAAUGCAAAGGAGAAGUAUGCCGAAGAUGAGGAGGCCGAUGAAUUUGAUUCUGGUAGCAUGACACCAUAUGAGCACCAACAAGUCCAGUUACAGCUUCAAAUGGAAGCAACUAAUGCUGCGAUUCAACAGCAUAACCUUGCAGUUCAACAAUAUGUUAGUCAAGCAUCUGCAAACAGACCAAGAGCCAGAACUGCCGGCGUUCUCGACUCACCAAACACGUCACGAUUACUUCGCGACUAUUAUCCUUCGUCUCGUCUUGGUAAUGCAAUUACUGCUGCGGAAUUGAGAGAAGCGGAAGAAUUCGCAGGCCUUCCGGAAGCCGUCGCCGCUAUGAGUCUAGGACGUUCAAACAGCGGAAAUGAACAUCUCGCUCCCAACGACAAUCUAGAAGGACCCACUAGUGCUCUUUGGCUUGGAAGCAUUCCCUCCUCGACAACUACCUCUACCCUAACAGAAAUGUUUAAAUCCCAUGGUCCAGUUCAGUCCGCGAGAGUUCUCACGCACAAGAAUUGUGGAUUUGUCAAUUUUGAACGUGUUGAAAGUGCCAUUUCAGCAAAGGCCAUGAUGCACGGAAAAGAAAUCUUCCCAGGAGCAGGACCAGUCAGGAUCAACUUUGCCAAACCUGUAUCUCCAGCAACGACCCCGGGUCCCGACGGAGCAUUUCCUUCACCAAGCCCAGACCCGUUCUCCAAAGGUUUGGACUCGGGUGCAAACACGACCGACGCCAAUGGUGUCCUUGGAGCCAUUUCAAGACCUGGAACUACGGAACCUCCAUCGCCAAGGCUCAGAGAUAUCAAGAAUGAUAUACUGAAUAUUGUUUUUGAGUUUGGAGCCACUGCGGAUGAUCAGGUUAAGAUCGGUCAAAGUCUACAAUCAUCUAUCUCAUAUGACAAAUGGCAGUCCGAGAUUCCAGCAAUUCCAGAACCAAGUCACGGUAGAGUUCACGACGCUCCUAAGCUUAGAGAUAUUAGAAAGCGCAUCGACAACCAAAGUUGGUCUCCAGCUGAGAUUGAAGCUAUUGCUAUGGAGAUGCUCGAGGAAGUCGCCGAGCUGUCAUCUGACUACCUCGGGAACACGGUUGUCCAGAAAUUAUUCGAACAUUGCUCUGAUGACACGAGAAACCUUAUGCUUGAGCGAAUUGCUCCUCAUAUGGCAGAGGUUGGUGUGCACAAGAACGGUACUUGGGCUGCACAGAAGAUCAUCGACGUAUGCAAAACGCCGAAGCAGAUGACUAUGAUAGUUCAGAAUCUCGCGCCAUAUACCGUGCCGUUGUUCCUUGACCAGUACGGAAACUACGUUUUGCAAUGCUGCUUGAAGUUUGGUUCACCUUACAAUAAUUUCAUAUUUGAGGCUAUGCUUAGCAAGAUGAAGCCUAUCUCCGAAGGACGAUAUGGUGCCAGGGCUAUGCGAGCUUGUCUUGAAAGUCAUCAUUCUACCAAGGAGCAACAACGAAUGCUUGCCGCCGCCAUUGCGUUACACAGUGUUCAAUUGGCUACCAAUGCCAACGGUGCUCUGCUCUUGACUUGGUUUUUGGAUACUUGCACAUUUCCACAACGUCGAUCUGUCCUUGCACCUCAACUUGUACCGAACCUGGUCCACCUUUGUAAGCACAAAGUAGCGUAUCUCACGGUACUGAAGGUUAUCAACCAAAAACUAGAGGCUGAUGCUCGCGACCAAAUCUUCCAAGCACUGUUUUUUUCACAAGAUGAUGGAACUCUCGAGGCCAUUUUAUCUGAUCAAGCUUGUGGUGCUACCUUGAUCUUCAAAGUCCUUACCACUCCAUUUUUUGAUGAGUCCAUUCGAAGCAAGGUGGUUGAGAACGUUCGAAAUGUUCUGAUUCGUCUCAAGGCGCAACCAGCACAGGGCUAUAAGCGUUUGAUGGACGAAGUCGGAUUGUCAACACGUAAUGGUAGCGCUGGGCCAAGCAGAGAGCAUAGUCAACAUCAGCUGGCUGAUCGUCCUCGACCUGGAUCACAACAAAGUCAAGCCAAUGGACAACACAAUCCACAAUCACAAUCACAAUAUGGGGCCAUUCAAUACUACCCCCAACAAACUGCAUAUGAUAUGGGUAUGGGUAUGCAACGAACCGAUAGCAUGGAUUCCAAUGUCACUCCUUAUCAACAAUACGCACUUCCAAGUUCGAUGUUCCCACAGUCUACACCCAUGAUGCAACAAUUGCAAUACCAAAACAUGGCACGAGCUGCUCCAUUGAAUAACUUUUAUCCUGCCAUGCAAUCAGGGUUUGGAGGUUCUGGUAGCGCGCAAAUGACGGAUCAAUAUCGAGGAAUGCAAAAUGCUAGCCCCAUCCAACCACCAUCUCAGCAAAUGAGUCCUAGCCCAAUGCUAGGACAAAGCUCAUAUGGACCUCCUGGAUUCAACAAUAUGGGGAUAAGUAUGGGGUAUAAUUAUGGUGGUUUGCCUGUUAAUGGCAUGCAAAACAUGCAAAACAUGCCAUAUAUGCAACAAGAACAGGUCAAUAGUCGACGUGGUAGAAGAUAA